AUGAAUCAAUUUGGUCUAAUUUUGUUAUUUUUAUUCAUUUUAACUCACUUUAUACAAAUUGAAUUAUUAUAUGCUCAAACAACCAGUCAAAUUAAAUUUAUAAAAAAUUAUCGAAGAGAGACUAUAAUUAACGAUGAUAAGGGUGUGACUUUAAAUCAAGAUAAUGGUAAAGCACCAGCACCAGCCGACGGUAAAGCACCAACACCUGCUGAUGGCAAAGCACCAACACCUGCUGAUGGCAAAGCACCAACACCUGCUGAUGGCAAAGCACCAGAACCAGCACCAGCCGACGGUAAAGCACCAGAAACAUAUGAUGGUAAAGCACCAGCACCAGCCGAUGGUAUCGCUGGUUCAGUGAUAGAAGGAAUAGUUGGAGUCAUGAUUUUGAUUAUAAUUUCUUUAUUCGUAUUUAAAAAGUAUAAACAAAAAAUGAAGAAUAACGCUAUAUUAACUCCCGGAGAUUAUGAAAAUGUUAUGCCAAUUUCUGGAUCAAUUAAAGAUAAAGAAUUGCCAACAUCUCCUAGGGAGAUAUUUAUUUCAAAUAAUGAUCAAACAAUUGCAAGUAAUUCUACAAGAAAUCAUCAGAAUUACGUUGUUAUUUUUCUUCAACAAGAACAAAAUAUAAUUCAACAACUUAGACAAGAACUUUCAAAAGAUAUAAAAAAUGAAAUCGCUAAUCAUAUUAAACAAGAUGAUUCAUCGAAUGAAAAAGCUUUAUUAAAUCAGCUAAGAGAAGAAAUACAAGUAAUAAAACAACGUUUAAGUAAACAGAAUGAUAUAAAUCAUUCUAACGAAAGUAUCCUUAAUAUUGAUGAUGAAGUCAUAAAUAAACUAAGAGAAGAAGCUUUGCAAGAUAUUAAGCAAGAAAUUAAACAGAGUUUAAGAAAUAAGGUUCCAAAUGUUAACAUUUACAUUGAUUUUAAUAGAUUUAAUACAAGUUUUGAAAAAUAA